CGCCAAUGGGGAGGCAUGGUUCCGGGCCGAGCACCACCGGGUGCUGCCACCUCGUGUGCCGGCUACGAUCGGGCCAGAAAGAACAAGUCUCUGGACUGGGACGGACCGCCGGUGCACGCACGGUACUCUGCAAAAUCGAUUGUGCGUUGCGAAGAGAGAAACAGACGAGACGGGGAGUCGAACUCGGGCCACUCUUUGAUGGGGGAUUUCAAACUGAGUGCGGCGAGCACCAACGGCACCGGCACCACCACCUCCACCUCGUCCUGCAGCAGCUCGAGCGGCGGCGGAGGCGGAUCGAACAACUGCCACACCACUCCGUCAGCUGGCGACCAGUUCUACACGUCCUACCUAGCCGGUAUUAACGUCGGAGGCGGUUCCGGAGGUGGCAUGCCGGCCGACGGCCUACUAAUCGAGAAACCCUCCGUGUCCGCAGGUAGCAAAAUGUCGCCCAACCCGCCGAUGGCCGACGUGCAGCUAGAGAGCAAGGCGGCCAAGGAGGCGGCCGGUCUGCUGGCCGACGUCGACGAGGCGACCACCACCAACGGCGACUGCAAGUCAGACCCAUCGGCCGGCGUGUCACAGUCAGCGGCCACGGCCUUCCACGUCGAGGGUCCGUCGGGACAACAGCAGACGCCCUGGUCUGACGACCUGCUGCUCAACAUGCCCAACGGCCUGCCCCCGGCCGCCUAUUUCGGUGGUCUCCAGCAGCAGCAGCAACCACAACAGCAGCAGCAGCAGCCCAGGCGGCCGAUCACGGCCGCUUUCCCCAUGUCGGCCCGUCACAUGGCGCAGCCCAACAUGUUCCUGGCUGCGGCGGCCGCUCAGACCAAGCAGAACUCGGUGUGGUCGGCGGCCAGCCCUCCGCAGGGCGCCACCCCGCCUCACCAGCCGCCCCCGCAGUCGGCCUGGAACACGGCCGGACAGAUGGGCGUCAGUCCGUGGAACCCUCGCGGCCGCUCAGUGCCCAAUCUGAACCCGAUGGCCGCCGGCUCGAUGGCCAACCGCAAGCCGAGCCCCACGUUCAACCACCAGCACCAGCAUCAGCACCAGAACAUGGUGAUUUCGCCCUCAAAGUACCGACGCAGUACCUCCUAUCCUGGCAAGAACACGCUCUACCCGCCAAACUUCGACAUCGCAGCCCUUGACGACAACAGGGACACCUUCGCCUUCCAGGACCGCCUGCCGACUACUAAUGGAGCCAGCCCCCUGGACAACAUGCGCAGCCUCGAGCACUACCUCAACGAUCUGAUGCGCAGCCAGGGCACCAGCAACGGUGAACCUCCAGAACUCAAAGGCUUCAUCAACUGCGGUACAGCAACCUUACAAAGUCUCGCCCAGCUGCACGGUAAGCAUAACUACCGUAACCAACAACAUUUCAUACCGAAAGAGCCGAAAACAUACGGCAAAAGCCCGUUCUUCACCGGCUUGGACGAGACCGGAGGCGCCCUGCUGGACGACGGAGGCCACGGCGGCCUCGGCGGUUUGGGCCUGGGCCCACACCCUGGUCUCGUAGGAGAAGCUGGCGGCCCCCAGGGCAUGCCCAACUCUGCGCAGCCCCUCUCUUCACCGUCGCGCUCGUCGCCACACAGUCAGGGAUCAGAGACCGGCGAGAGAUUUUCGCGCAAGGUUUUCGUCGGUGGACUGCCACCUGAUAUUGAUGAAGACGAGAUCACAGCCAGUUUCCGCCGAUUCGGACCUCUGGUGGUCGAUUGGCCGCACAAAGCUGAGUCCAAGAGUUACUUCCCACCAAAGGGAUACGCUUUCCUGCUCUUCCAGGACGAAAGUUCAGUGCAGCAGCUGAUCGACGCGUGCAUCCAGGACGACGACAAACUGUACUUGUGCGUCUCGUCGCCCACUAUCAAAGACAAGCCUGUGCAGAUCAGACCGUGGCGUCUUUCGGACGCGGACUUUGUGCUGGACGCCUCAAUGCCCCUGGACCCGAGGAAAACAGUGUUCGUCGGAGGAGUGCCUCGUCCCCUCAAAGCUGUGGAACUGGCCAUGAUCAUGGACCGCCUCUACGGUGGCGUCUGCUACGCUGGAAUUGACACAGAUCCUGAGCUCAAGUAUCCAAAAGGCGCGGGUCGAGUAGCAUUUAGCAAUCAGCAGAGCUAUAUAGCAGCCAUCAGCGCUAGAUUUGUCCAACUGCAGCACGGCGACAUCGACAAGAGGGUGGAAGUGAAACCAUACGUGCUUGACGACCAAAUGUGCGACGAGUGCCAGGGCCAACGCUGUGGAGGAAAGUUUGCUCCGUUCUUCUGUGCUAAUGUCACUUGCUUGCAGUACUAUUGCGAACACUGCUGGGCCACAAUCCACUCAAGACCCGGCCGCGAGUUCCACAAGCCUCUAGUGAAGGAGGGCGCCGACCGACCCCGCGCUGUGCCCUUCCGCUGGUGUUAACCACGGCAACAAUUAGGCACAGCUUAAAUUUUGGGAAUUGGGAGUAACUAAGCAAGAAAUUUAGCGACACGAAAUGUUAAUCUAUUGACUAAGUAGGUUUGAAUUGGGGUGGCACUUUGCUCUUUUUACGUUGGUUCCUUAGUUCGGGGGCGGCGUGUCGGGGCGCCUCAAACACGUCGCAGUGUCCGCGCCCGCGCCGCCUGCAAUUUUAACCUCUAAUUGUCCUUCUCUUUUCGGUUAUUUAGUCUUCUCUUUUGACAGGGCGGCGGCCAACGGGGCGACAGGGAAAAAGAGUACCUGCGCCCCCGGCGAACCCCCUCGAAUUUUAGCAAAAGAGUCACCCCUCCCACACUCACACACUCGUACACACACGCGCCCUCUCACACGGACACACACACGAUGGUUUUAAUUGAUGCUUAUAUCAUGUAUAGGCUAGUGGAAAAGAAAUUAACCGUUUUUCAGUUUUAUAUAAAGCAACUGACCCUUACGAAACGGUAAAAGACACACACGCGUCUACCACGGCUGGCGGGGCAGGCUCGACCCAGCGUCAGCCCCCUCCCCCCGGCCCCCUCACACACUUGUCGGGGGUUUUGGUCAAAAAAUUCUCUGCCAAAAUUUUUGAAUUACACACAAACAGACACACAUAGACAGACACUCGUAUGUACGCAUGGCCACGCUCGGAAUGUGUAAAUAAUCAACAGUUUUUCGGCCGAGAACGAAAACACACGCGCGCGAGAGGCGUCAUCAGCAGUCGCUCUUUGUACAGCUUUUUCAAUGUGAUAGCUUUUUUCUCUCAGAAAAAAUGACUGUUUUCUAUUUGAAUAAUUAAUUAAUUAAAAAGAAGAAGCCAUUUUUCACAGCUGUAUAUAAUCUUAGGAUGUAGUUUUUAACUAAUGAGGAAAUAAUACAACACACACUCACACAUACAGCGCGCAGGCCAAGCACGCGGGGCCGCCGCUCCGUGCGUUCGCCAGUCGGCGCGUCAGCGGCCACGCCCCGCCCGCGCCCCGCCGGUAGUUGCAAAUUCUUUUUUACUAGUGAUGAGAUGAACAGAAAAACGCUGUUUUAUGUGAUUUAAUAAGUGUAAGCCCCGAACAGAAGAUAUCACACACACACACAUGUACACGCAAACACACAAACACACACUGAAAAGUAUUAUUUGAAUGUACGAACACACGCAUUGGCAGAGAUUUUUUGGUUUCGAUGGGACACUGAAUGAGAAUCUCCCGGCGUAGCGGCGGGGCCUCGAUGCACACGGCCGCCGGGCGAAAUUCAAGUUCGGCGGCUGUCGUCGGCCCCGCCAACUAGUUGUUUGUUGAUGAAAAUUGAAUUUAAGUAAGAGUAGGUGAAAACACACACACACACAUGUGAAACAAACGUACACUACCUUUGAAACAACUGGAUCCCACAGAUUUUUACUAGAUUGCUCAGGCUGUUGAAUUUCCGAGGCUAAUGAACCGAUACACAAAUGAGAACGCGCGAUACACACACACACACAUACUCUCAAGCACUGGUUUUUGUUACGAGAAUCAACAAUAGCGAAAGACGAUGAUGAAUAGGGAAAUCGGUGCGCACACACGCAAUUCGUUGUUGUAAUUCGAAUAAAGAGAAAAGAAUCGUUUCCCACACUCGCAGACAUGCAGACAGACAAACAGACAGAAAGUAGAUAAUUUUUUGAUAACAAGAAGCAGAGUAAAAAGAAGGUGUUUGUCGGUUUUUAUUUUUUAUUUGAGAAAGUGGUACGUAGCAGUUGAAGCUAUUUUCUGCGCAUAACAAGACUGGUACUUUUUGUAGGGAAUAAACAAAAGUUGAAACAAAAAUAGCGAAAGAGAAAGAGAGAGAAGCAAGUCGGAUUGAUUGAGAUGUAAAUAGAAACGUGAAAUUUCAAUCAUAACGAAUCACAAAACAAAAGAAGAGAAAACUUUAGUCAAACACACGCGAUCCUCUUUCGUUCUGUUCCCACCUUUUCACUUUCACGCGGGCCCCACUCGAACUUUGACCUUUGUAGACCGUCACGACUGAAUUUUUUCAAACAACAAAUUUGUACGCUGCUGCUGCUUUUGUAGUUGGAGAAGAAAUUGUGAUAUGCGAUGAGAGUCUUGUUAGUCACGUGGUCGGCCGGGCUGUUGCUCUCCUAGGACGCGACCCACCGGCCCGGUCGGCGCGCCUCAUUGUUAUUUAAUUCCUAAUUAAAUUAAUCGAUUGAGUCUUUUUAUCGUACGCGCGGACGGGUCUUACCUUUUUUGUAAAUCAAAACGAGUUAUUAUUACUACUUUGUAUUACUCUUAUCCAGUCAGCAAAUUGUCUUAACUACUAUUAUUGUAUUUAUUUUGCGCGAAAAGUAAACCAACUUUAGUUCCUAUCGAUUUUAUCAUAUAUACACCGCCAACCAAUUAAUAAUUUGAAUUUUCAGUCCUUGACGAGUAUUUUUUUAUUUGUACAUAGGAGCGACGUAAAAUUUUGUACAUAUACUUGUGUAAUAACCGUUUUGGACCAUCCGCCAACAAACACACACUUUGUUGUUGUUUUAGCUGUUAAGUUGAAUAUGUAAAUACUUUUUUAAUCGUUUGCGAACUACUCUUGAGGUCUACAAGCAAUUUCGAGUGGGCGGCUGCAUGGCUUCUCCUCGUUGCCACACGCAAUAUGAUGAUUACUACUCAGUUAAUCGGUGUUUUCGUUCGAUGCAGACGACAGUUAGUUACCUUUUUAAUCAACUGCAAUUAUUACCAAACAAAGCCUUCUAAUAAUGUUAAUAUGUAAUGUCGUAAUCAGAAUCACAUACACACUCACUCACUCACUCACAUGAACACACACACACGCAAAAGGAGUUAAAAAAAAAGAAAAAGAAAUCGAAAUUUCUCUGGAAUCGGAAUGAAGAAAGUCGCGAGAUCUGGUCAGGCGGAACGGCAACUCGAAAAAUAAACUGAUGGAAAGAAAAAUAACAAGUGGGGGAUGAAACGGAACAUUUCGGAGAAUGAAAACGGAGCAAGAAGAAAAAUUAACCAACAACCUAUUAAAUAUUUUCAAUGUAUUUGUGUGAUAAUAACUUAUUAUUAUAUGAAAAACUACAACUCGUCAUUACUUGAAUGUCUUAACAACUACUAUAUUAGAUGAUAAUAUAAUAAUUAAAAUGCACGAUGCUAGUGUUUUUCAAAAUACAAUUUUGGAUGUUGACGACGAUGAAAUGAAGAGAGUGCGGGAAAAACUGAUUUUUUACACUCGUUGAGACAAGUUGUAAAAACGAAAACUAACUUUGAACUCCUUUGAUUUAGAAGCUGCUGAGCGAUAGAAUGCCAAAAAGGAACAUUCUGCUGUAAUUUUUUAUUCAGCCUCAAAGGUGAAAAAUGAAAGAAACACGUGGAAGUAACUGUUAUAAAAAAGCUAAUUUUAAUCUUGUAUGACUUUUCACACUACUAUUAUAACUACGAGAAUAGGAAUAUGUGAUGAAUGGUUGGUCAUUUUUCAAAAUCGUUCGGAAAGCAACACAUUACUUCUACACUAAAACUACUUUCGGGUUUCAAAAACUCCCCAAGCCACACUCACACACGCAAACACACACACACUUGAAUGAAUCGAUCGCCAAAAUUGCCAUUUUCACGUACGCUGAACACAAAAACUCACUCUACAAGAUUCCCGCAAACAGAAGUCGCAUAUUACGGUUAGUGAUUUCAAAAGUGAUAGAUAGGUGCGAAAGAAAGAAAGAAAGUUUUCCGUUUUUCACCCGACUCGCAGCUUUGGACGAAGAUAAACGAUCCUUUCCCAAAAAUCAAAAUUGUCACGCCUUUUUUUCGUUCCCCUGCUGUGUUCUUUUUAUUUGUUCGUUCUGAUUUUAUAUAUUUUGAGAUGUGAGAUGAUCGUUCUAAGUUAUACUUUAUUAUAUAGGUUACACACAUACUUUUGUUGUUGCUUCUUGAUAUGAGAAAGAGAGAUGAAAAAAGAAAAUACAAAAUACUUACUUACCUGUGAAUGUGUUAUGUUGUUGUAAAACUCGCUCGCCUUCUCUGUUUGUUUGCGCCGGAAAAGCCAUCCGGCUCUACUUUUCUGUUGCUCUAAGUUUGACUGAGAAAUCUCACUUCUGAAAUCGGACAAGGCGGCGCAGUUGAACCGAGCUGAAGUAAAAUUUGUUGUUAUACACAUAUAUAUCCGGAUACAAUUGGUGUUCACAUCACAUUAGAGUUAAUCAAAGGAUAGCUGUGUUGUUUUUUGCGUAACCACUACCGAUUUGAUGAUGAGAUGACGGAAAAUAUUAAUUGUAUUCUAGUGGAACAGUAAUACAUACGUAUAUAAUGUGCUUGUUUUUACCCUUCACGCGAAAUUCAGUUAGCCCGAAAAACAAGACACUCACAUUUGCAGUUUUAUACGAAAGAAACGAAGUAAAAAGCAGUUGGUUGCCUUUAGCAUGGAAUAAUCUUAUAGAAUUUCUCAUCGCAAAGUUGAUAUUUCGUUUUUUAUUACUAUUAUUUUUUCAGUUGAUUUCAUAUAUUUUUCUUUGUAGUUUUAUAAAAAAUAAAAUUGAUGAUUUGAA